AUGAACAAUACCACAUUCGCUCAAUUGAUUGAACAACUUUCACUUGCAUUUUUUUCUUCGGAUAAAAAAUAUCCAUUUAAUUAUGAGCCAUCGGGUGAAGAUUUUCUCUCUGCCGGUUUAGCUGAAGCUGAUCUAAUGCGUCGUGUUAUGAACAAAAGACCACAAGAUUUCGUUCAAUGGUUUACUGCCUUUCUCUCAACAGAAAUUCUACCAAGCAGUCUUGAACCACCUUCGAUCGCUGAUCCACGACUGAUUCAUUUAGCUGGUUUAUCUCUUAGUCGUGCAUGGAUGUUAGACGGGAUUGUUGAAGUUCUUUCCUUCGAUACUCAACAAAGCAAUCGUCGUGAACAAUUAUUUGAAUUGAGCAAAAGAAAUGCUCAAGCAGGAUUGAUAGCUAUUGAUGAAAACCAUUACGAAGGAGGACAUUGGCUGGGUACAUCUGCAGUAUAUCUUAUCACUGGUCGAGGAUUGUCGAACGACAGUGCUAGUCAGAAUUAUAGAACUACUCUACUGUUAUGUUUUCUUUCAAAGUUAUUUCUCUAGAGUAUAUUACCAAUUCCUCCUGUAUUUUUUUGCGAAUAAAUUCUACUAUGACCUAUCAGAAUAUUAUAAGAAUGUUUUAUGUGGCGCUUAGGCAUGAAACCAAUACAGAAUGCACACAUUUUUGAACAUAGAAUUAAUCGUUUUUACACUACGGGUAUCCAUGGACAUAAGAUAUUUCAAACAAUUUCCAGUAUACAAGGAGUUGUAACCACUUAAGUUAAGUAACCGACGUUAGGGAUGUACUCGUAGAAUGAUUAUGAUAUUCAUCAUUGUUACUACUAGUGAGCAAUAUGCUGAUAAUGACAGACAGCUUCUACUUAAUCACAUUUGGUAGCUAGCAUCAAUAUUCCAAAUAGUUGCCCUUAACUAAAAUAAGCUUUUCUUUUCUAGCUUAAGAUGGUUCUCUCACAUCAGUUCAAGUCCUCUAAAUUUUCCUUUUAGAUUGAAACCCCUCAUAUGCUCGUAAAAUGUUGUAGAUUAACUGAGCCUAUUUCUUUCUUAAAAGGGAAAUUCGACAAAAAAAUUACAUUGAUUGAAUAAAACUGAAUUACUUUGAUAUGCGUCGGAGAAAAAGUUCUAGAGAAAAUCGCCAAUGCUUAUAACCGAUUAAAUUAUUUCUUAUCGAUGAUAGUCAUAUUUCAGUAUGUGUCACCAAAAUCAGGAUGAUUCGGUGGAGGUGGCAAUUGUUGCAUUUGCAAUAAGCGCUCUAGAUGCUUAACUGCAGGUUUAAAUUGAUUUCAAUGUGCAUAAAUCAUGCAGAUGUUCAUUAGAGACUUUGUCAAGUUUGGAUGAUUUUUUGGAAACGUCUUCUUGAUAAUAAUUAACGUUUAUUGAUACUAAUAUCAAGCGCCUUCGAAUUUUCUGAGUGACUCAUAAGCUACACCCAUAUUAUUAAAAUCAAGAGUUUCUCAAAUGAAAUCAACGUAAAUGUUGCAUUAUUCUUUCUUAGAUAUGAAUUGCCAAUGUUCAAAUAGGUCUCAGCAAUAAACGGUUUAUCGAUUGUAACUGUUUAUUAUCUUCAAAGCAUUAUCAUAUUCAUCUCGAAGCUGGAAAUGGGUGCUUAAUGACUGAUAGAUUUUGGCUACAUUAAGAUUUUGUUUCCUGCGAUAACACAUCGACAGAAGCAACGCUUUGCUGCUCCUAACUUGCUUGAAUGGAAAAGCUUGUUAGCGCAGCCCUUUGGGGUUGAAAUGUGGAACUCACAUAUGUUCUUCAGCUUCGUUAUAUUAAUACGAAAUACAGAAGGUGCAAAAUAAAGAAUUUUUUAUUUUUCAUUUUCUUACGGGCGCCCUGUUUUUUGUUUUCAUUGUUACUAUUCGCUCAUUUUUUUUUAAAUUUUUUUCUAAUUCGUUUUUCUUAAUUUAUCAUUCUUAUUAUUAUUAUCAUUGAACUGAUUGACAAAUAAGUGUGUUUUACAUAUCUAUGAUAUACAUUAAUCAAGUCACAAAUAAUGAUAUUCAUUAUUGUUCAAAAUAAUAACUUGAUCAAUUUUCCAAAAAAAAUAGAAAAUCUAACAUGUUUUAUAUUGAGUGCUAAGGUCUGUAAUGGGAGGGGGGGGGGGGGCGGGUCGGUAGUG